AUGGAAGAUUAUUUCAUUAGUGAUGUUAUAAGAAUUAAAACGUUAUUCAAAAAAAAAUUAAUGAUGAAGCAUGAUGAUUACUCGGAUGAUAAGUGGCUCGGGGGACUAACCCAUAGGGUCUCUCAUUUGUUCCUUGAACUUAUAAUGAAGGAAGUGGAUUUGAUGUACAAAAUGGAUGUUAACUCCCAAGAAGAGUGUGUUUGUAAAAUGAGGGAAAGCAUGAGACUUCCGUGUCGACAUGAUCUACUUCGGUACAAGGAUUGUAUGGUACCUUUUGAGGAUAUUGAUCCUUAUUGGAAACAAUUGAGUUGUGAUCCCAUGCCCGAUGAGGACGAUGAUGUAGAGAUUUGGGACACACCUUAUGGGAAAAGGUUGGCCGAAAUGUAUCGUGGAUACGUCAAGCUUAAGGGUAAGAUGUUUCCAUCUCAACAAAUGGAAACAACAAAGAGUACUCCGGUUCCCAAGAAAAAGGAGAAGAAAACUAUAUAUGUGGAUGGUAAAAUGAAAGGUCCUAAAAGAGAUAGUUUGGGAAAGUAUUUGCGACCUACUAAUAUGAUUUACAAAAACUACUUGCUUAACCUACCCGAAGCCAUUCAAGAGUAUAUCAUAUCUAUGGACGAUGUCGAAGGGGAUGGAAAUUGUGGUUUCCAUGUCACCAUGGAACAACUAGGACCUUUUAAAGAUGGAAACCAUCCGGUUGAGCAAGGGGACAAAGUGAAUUAUAUAAGGAAAAGAUUGUUACAAAUGCUACGCCGAAACAAGGACUUCUACAAGUAA